UUUCCUGUCAUAGCACUCAAAAAUUUAAUCCGAAAAUUUGCAUUUCCCCCAAAUCUCGUGUCAGUGUUCCCCCCAACCCCAAAACCGCCCCCAAAAAUGCCCCAAACGGCAUAAAUUGACUUUGGUGGCAUUGCCCCCACCACUCGUCAUUUUGACGUUUCAAGAAAAUGGCUGAUCUCUUUGCAAAAGUGUCUUGUACUAAUUGCGAGGAAGAAAUAACGGGAAUUCGUGUCCAAUGUUGCGUUUGCGAGGAAUUCGACAUUUGCUUGCAGUGUUUUUCAACGGGGGCCGAAAUUGGGACACAUAAAAACGAUCAUGCUUAUAAAUUUGUGGAACACUGGUCGGUUAGUAUUUUUGGGGGCAAGGGGAAUUGGACCGGGGGCGAAGAACUCCAAUUAUUGGACGCUGUCGAGUUGUAUGGGUUUGGAAAUUGGGAGUUAGUGAGUCAACAUGUCGAAACACGGAGUCCUGAAGAAGUGAGAGAUGAGUACAUUUCGCGUUAUUUAGAUGGUAAUAUAGGGAAAGCAACAUGGGCUGAGUCACGUGACCGUCAACCCAUGUUAAUUGAUCAUGUACCUGAAGAUAAUGGACCAUUAUCACCCUCAGUAAUUGCACGAUUGCCACCAUUAGAUAUAACACCAGAAGAAGCUCAAUUAUUAGGUUAUAGACCACACAGAGAUGAUUUUGAGAGGGAAUAUGACAUGUCUGCUGAACAACUUGUGUCAACUUUACAAUUAGACACUUGUGAAGAUACUGAAGUUGAAGUAGCGUUAAAAUUAUCAAUGGUUGAUAUGUACACUAGGAGAUUGCGUGAAAGAGCGAAACGAAAACGAAUCGUUCGUGAUUAUCAAUUGGUUGCAAAAUUUUUCUCAAACCAAAGAAAAGAUUCCAAUAAGAGAGUUCAAACAAAAGAGGAGAAGGAGCUUAGAGAAAAUAUGAAAGUUUUUAGUCAAUUUUUAACAUCCAAUGAACAUGAACAAUUAAUUAAUAAUCUCGAAAGAGAGAAAGAAUUACGUCAUCGUUUAUCAGAAUUGUACAGAUAUAGAAGUUUAGGUUUAACAACACAAGAGGAAGUUAUACAUCAAGAACAACACAUGGCGUAUCAGAAACAACAAAAUAAGUCUGGCAGCAGUGGCUAUCAAAUAUCAGUUCCGGAGAUCCAGUCAAAAAACGGAAAAAACGAAGAAAACCAAAAUUUAUCCGAAAAAAAAUUCACGUCAGAAGAGCCAAACAACUCGAACUCGGAUAAUUUGAGACCACCGUCACCUAAUGCCUUACCGUUAGGAUCCUUAUUGUCCCAACAUGAAAUACAGCUUUGCAAGAAUUUAAAUUUGCAACCCGUCCAAUAUACAACUCUGAAAUCGCUUAUUAUUCAGGAAAAUCUCUUGUCUCCAAAUCGACAUCGUACUGUUGAAAUUGAUAAAAAUUCGUCAGAAGUUAGCGUCAAAGAUGUUGUUACGCAAUAUCUUAGUCAUAGUGGUUGGCUUCCGGGGGUUUCAGUUGUCUGAUCUUUGAAUUAUUUUUAGUUAGCUGGGUUAGUGUCCUUUUUAUAGUGUAAUUGACACUUUUAAAUUGUUGUAGUGGUAUAAAGUUAUCAUGUAUUAGGAGGGUGUUGACAAAUUAUCAAAGUAUUUAUUUUUAUUUAAAAUCAUGUUUAAUUACAAUUAAUGUAAGGGUACCAUUAUUUUAAGACUGUUUGUAUAUAAAGUAGGUUUUAGUGAAAUUAAAGCGAAUGACUGAGUAAAGGGUUUUAAAUGAGAA